CAAUUACAUCCAUUCUGUUUAAUCGUUUUGGCAAGCUUAUUGAUAUUUUAGAACACGAUCAAUCUAAUUGGGUAGACCUUGUGGUUUUUAUUUUUAAAUCGGAUUGGAUACAUUCAAACUACUGAAAAGCUUAUUUAUUGGUGUUCUAAAUUUACUAGUAAUAUAUAUUCAUAAAUUAAUAAAACUCAAUGAGACGAAGGAUUAUUUUACUAAUUUCACUAUGGAACCUCUUAGAGACUUCAUUAGAAUCAGCUCAGUAGUUAGACUCAAAGUUAUAAUAAUCUUGGCAGUGUGCACUGCUAGCUUUGGUGUUUGGUACAUAUGGGGUCUUAGUCUAAACGAAAUAGGACAGUAUAUUUCAAACUACCAAAACCUAGCAAUAUGGAAUCUUGUUAGACAGCCUGUUUAUUAUCCAAACUUCAAAGAUUUCAGAAAUGACGUAAUGAUUGGGCGUCUUCUGUUAAAUAAAACCAAGAAAUAUGAAAUUAUCAUAUACGGGCAGAUGUUGGCAGAAAUGAACAAAGAUGUAACAACUUGUCCAGUGAACAAUUGCGUUAUCCAUAAUGAUACAACUCGUUGGAUUAACAGUGAUCUUAUUUUAAUUCCAAACAGAUUGUUUCCUUCCGGUAAGCGUCCACAUCAACAGGCUUGGGUGGCAUUUGAGUAUGAAUCAGCCCUCCAUACUCGAUUUAGUGAUGAACUUAAUGAUAAAAUUAACUUCACUGCAUCAUAUCGAUUUGAUUCAACUAUUCGCACACCUUAUGGAAUGUAUACACCAGAUGAACCUAAAACAGAUAUCAAUAAAACAAUCCAGUUGAUAAAAUUGGAGGAUAUAGCCAAAGGAAAAGAUAGAGCUGUCGCUUGGAUAGUAAGUAAUUGUAAUCCUAAGAGUCCACGAAAUGCUUAUGCAGAUGAACUAUCUAAAUAUAUUACAAUGCCGGGAAUAAACUUACCAACCAGUCAUUUGGGAUUUUAUGCUCUCACAUUGCUUAUAUGUGCAUUCAUACAUGAAGCAGGACACGCUCUGGCAGCUGUGCGUGAACGCGUUCGCCUUCAUGGAUUUGGAAUCUUUGUGUUUGGGUUUUAUCCGGGUGCAUUCGUUGACCUCAACGCCGCAGAUCUUCAAAGUCUUUCACCGUUUUGUCAGCUUCGUGUAUAUUGCGCUGGUGUUUGGCACAAUGCCGUAAUUGCCGUAAUCAGCAUAAUUAUAUUUUAUUUACUACCUUUUCUGUUAUCUCCCGGCUACCAUGUAGGAACUGGGGUGGGUGUCACAUACUUAAGAGAGGAUUCUGUUGUCACAGGACAUCGUGGGCUUGCUCUUGGUGAUGCUAUCACUCGGGUAAAUUCUUGCCCAGUAAAUCAACAGUCUGAUUGGUUCAAAUGUUUAGAGGAGGCAUACAUUCACCCAUCUGGUUACUGUGUUUCUGGAGCCUAUUUAAGCAUGAUAGAUAAUAAAGCCUCUGUUCCACGUCGUAGUUUAUCUGCGGUUGUUUCUGUCAAUAAAUUGGAUGAAAAUGAUAGUUUCGAAUCAGUCAGCAAUCAAAAUAAACUAAAUGAAGAUUGUUGCACAGUUCAGUCAGCGUCAACUCAUUUGUGUUUCACCUAUAUAACACCUACAAAGCUGAGUUCUACAUCCCGAAGAUAUGCUUGCUUGCCGGCACGUGCUGUGACUGAGCGUACCAGCUGCAAUGUGACAUCUGAUUGUGGUAAUCUUGGUGCUAUACGUGGCAAUAACAAUGGAAUACAGAGUGAAUCACUGGGCGUCAUGUCUACUCGAUCAAUGCAUUGUGUCGUACCAAGUCCCCCAGACAAUUCCACUCGUCUAGUACGCUUAGUGCAUAAUCGCCAUAAAGCCCCUGCAAUUCUUUUCCUGGGUCCAUUGGAAGAUCUUGUAGCUUCUAUAGGGGUUUCCGAUUAUGUCCCACGUUGGCCUUCCAUACUUUCGCCUAAUUUGCCUUCCUUCCUUGGAUUACUAUGCACGUAUCUGUUCUCCCUGUCCGGUGCCCUUGUGAUACUCAAUGUCGUGCCUUGUUACGCUCUUGAUGGUCAGUGGAUUUUGAAAGCGUUUUUGGAUUUAUGUCUUCCAGGCAUAUUACUAUCGCGUCCAAAGAGGAAUAUGGUUUUUACUGUUGUUCUUAUCCUUGGUAGUAGUCUUUUGGGACUUAAUCUAUUUCUCGCAAUUCUGUACUUAUGUCUUCAGGCUAACUACAGUGGUGGUCUGCCGAAUUCCAUUAGUCCAAUAACUUCUGUUAAUACCUGAAUAAAAUUUUAUGCCUCUAAUUGUAAAAAGUCCAAAACUGUGAUUCAUCACUCAGUAUAUUUUAUCUUUUUGCUGUCUGUGCCUUUAUAAAUCUAUUUUCUACUGAGUCAGGGUAUAAGUCUUUCUUUUUUUCCCAAGUAUACAUAUUUUUCUUAUUUUAUCUUAUAUCUGGUGCGUUCCGAAUAGAUUGUUCAUGCCAUUUCAUCCCUGAUUACCGUAAAACUCAGAUAUAGUCUACUUAUGAUGGAAUAAGCUAAUAUAUACAUUACUACUUCAGACAAAUCCAAAGGUCCAUAAUGAUAACAAUUGAUGAGAAACAUGAAUGCAUAAACAUUCAAAUUAUCGUGGAGAAAGUAUGUUACCCUUACACUCACUUUUCAUCUAGUUACUCGGUAAACAGUAACAAAGCCAUCUAUGGUACUUAGACCCAAUGUAGAUCCUCCCAGUCAUUCCCCAACAUACUUCUGUCCCUUUUGUGGCGUAGCAUUUUGAGUUAAAAAGACUGGGAAGAAUUCUUGUUGUAGGCUUAUCUGCAAAUUUCUAACGACUCUAACACAUCCUGAAAUGUCCACGUUUCUGGCAUCCGUCUUCGAUCUGUGUUAAAAGUCUACUUUCGGGAAACUUCUAUGGUAACGUAGGUAAUUCUGACGGCCCACUGAGUAGUCGUUGGUUUGUAUAAGGGCUUAAUAAUGCCAUAUUGAAAAUCAAUUCAUCCACAUAACGAAUUCUUGGUAGAUUAACAUUUUGUUAUAGAAGAUGCUGUUAAUUUGCCCUAAUUUCGUUACCACAUAGGCCAGCCAAGACUAAUAAAAUUAGCCCCAAAACCGCGUGAUCAGAACGAUUUCGACUUAAGCUUCUUCGUAAGCAUUUCCUACUGAUCAUUUUCACAUUUUGCAGUAGUGCUUAGAGAGCUAACAUACUCUAAGUACAAUGUUGAAAAAGUCUGCAGAUGGUACAAUGGACAAAUUUUAUCAUCCAUAACCCGUACAUUUUUGACCUGGAAGUAUUGAUAGUAAGACUAGACUAAACUAGCUCACUACACCCAGAAAUUCAAGUAAAUUUCUGACUAGUUCACCCUCAACAUAAUGUGGAAGCCCGUUGGGAUUCUGUACUGCACACGACAUUAUAUGCUACAUAAAGUGACGAAAACCUCCGGCUCAUAAUUUGACUUGGUAUUCCACACCACACAACUGGAAACUAUUUUUCAAUCUAGGAACGACUGAGUUUCCGAGUUAUUCACUCAUUACAUUGAAAUUUCAGACGUUUAAACACAGAUUUAACGGUUCAAAUGGUUGUAGACGGAGUACAAAAAGCUUCCGCUUGACGAGCAUCCAGUAGCAGUGGAUCAACGAUAACUCCAGACAGGAAUAGUAACGAUAAAAGGGGAAAAAGAAGUUGGUUGUGGCGGUAAAAAAAUUCCCAAAAUAAAUAGCAUUGUAAAUCUUCGACAUUG